AUGGCGUCAAGUACUACCACCGAGAUACCGGUCUUCCUCCCGUACACACCAGGGGUCCUAAGCAUCAUCGGACUCAUCAAUAUUCUCUUCGGCCUCAUGGUCGCCGGUAUCACGGGAAAGCUCCUAAAUAUCCUCCUCGUGCCCAUAGUCGUCUCCGCUGCGUGCGCACUAGGCAACGGCUUGGGUUACUAUAUCUAUACCGACUAUGCCGCCCUCAACAGGGCCAUCGCAUCCCCAUUCGCGGAUCUUUCUUGGCUGAUUCAAGAAGCCGGACUCAACUUCUAUGGCUACAUAAUCCUGACUUAUAUCGUCCGUGGCCGCGAACGCGUGAUCUUCAUGACGCUGUUCUGGGCGCUAAUGGUCAUUCUCGCCUGUUUCCGGGUGGCUAUUCUGGUGGUCCGCAUACACUUCAUACUCGAUAACAACUCCCCAGCCCUAGAACUAACAUUAGGCUACCUGCAUGUGGCUUACUUUAUAACCAUUGCCCUAAUCGAGUGUGUAAGCGCUGUGUUCCUGCUGAGGACGUUCCGUAUGGCACUCCGGUCAUCGGAGUUCCUAUCCAGUGACGCCUCCCAUUUGCACUACCUCGUUCGCAGCACUGAAGUUCGCCUCUCUACGUUGGCGCUUAUUGGCAUCAUGCGCGCCGUGGUAUUCCCGUUGCAGUUCGUUUUUACGGAGGAGGGGCUGGCCGGCCAGUUAGAUCACUUCGCGUCAAUACUGGAGAGCCUGUUCCCUGUGGUCAUGUUCAUCGACAUUCUCGGCUCGCGCCGCUUGUUUGCCUCCAAUAACUGCACGGGAAGCAAUAGCUUCACACAUAGACGGCCGCCUACGAGCACCUCGACAAUAUCAUAUAUCGCCACCCCGCGCGUCGUGCGCAGCAUAAAGGUCUCCAGUGGCGGCAAGCCAUCCAACGCGAUUACAGACACCGACAUUGCCUCUAAGGGCGCCAGCGGCAGGAUUAGGAAGACGACCGAGUUCAAGGUGCACGAGGGGAGCAGCGAGUGCCAGUGUCGCAAAGAUUGGAGUUAG